AUGGGUGUAGAAACAAUGGGCACCACAACCAUCACUAUCGUACUACCAGAUACACUAUCUACACUCAAAGAUACAUUACCAACACCUCUCGAAUACGCAUUUGAUACUCUCCCAAUCUUAUACAUACAAGCCAUGGCUUCCUCUUCCAACAACACCGGUGGAGAUGGCAGAGACAAGCUUAUUACAAGCCCCCAGGUGAUAAACCUAGUGGCCGAGAACACGAGGAGGGCAGCAAUGCGAGCCGUAAAGGAGAAUGGAGAAAGAUUGAUUGCAGAAGACAAGGCGCGCAAGGAAAAGGAACUCGCAGAAGAGAAGGCAUUCGAGGAUGAGGCAGUCAAAAAAGGACACGAUGACUCUCAGGUUGUCGAAGCAGCGCUCAAAUUGCUGGAGGCACACGACGAGGACUCGAAGAACCCCUUCGACCCGCAGGACGUCGAAGCAGCGGCCAGAUUGUUUAAGGCACACCAAGAUGACUCGAAGAUCAACCCGCAGGACAACAGCAAGUAA